CAAUUACCAAGUAUUUAACAUGCUACAUAGGGUUAUCAUUACUUAUGUUUGUCUCCCUCACUGUAGGUUGGAAAUCUUGGCUUGCUUUUUUUUCUACUCUUCUUUAUUUUUGCUGCAUUGGGUGUUGAGCUGUUUGGUAGGCUUGACUGUAGAAUCUCUAAUCCGUGUGCAGGCUUAGGGAGGCAUGCAUCAUUCCGUAAUUUUGGCAUGGCCUUCCUCACCUUAUUUCGGAUAUCAACGGGGGAUAAUUGGAAUGGUAUAAUGAAGGAUACACUGCGGACUGCACCAGCAUGUGACGACUCUUCAGAGUGUGAGAAGAACUGUUGUGCCAGUCCCAUACUUUCUCCCAUUUAUUUUGUGAGUUUUGUACUGAUGGCUCAGUUCGUAUUGGUCAAUGUAGUAGUUGCUGUCUUGAUGAAGCAUCUUGAAGAAUCCCACAAAAUGGACCAAGAUGAUGAUGAAGAAGAUCAAGCAAUUCAAGAGGAGGUCAAAAAGGAGAUUGAAGAGGAAGCUGCUCGGAAGAAGAAACAAGAAGAGGAUGACUAUCAGAUAGUUGAGAUGACUGAUGAAACAGUGAAAUCAAUGCCGUAUCUAAAUGAGACCAGCUUGGUUGUCAAGCAGCCAGUCACUAGGUUCCAUUCGCUGCCAGACAGCUUUAUGUACCAACCAAGGAGCAAUCAUGUUAGCACUGCCAUCGACAAUAAUUUACAGAUUCCAGAUGCACUUAGUCACGAGUACCAUGCACAUAGUCACGAGUACCAUGCACAUAGUCACGAGUACCAUGCACGUGGUUACAAGUGCCAUGCACAUGGUUACGAGUACCAUGCACGUGGUUACAAGUGCCAUGCACGUGGUUACGAGUACCAUGCACGUAGUCACGAGUACCAUGCAAGUGGUCACAAGUGCCAUGCACGUAGUCACGAGUGCCAUGCACAUGGUCACGAGUGCCAUGCAUGUGGUCACGAGUGUCAUGCAUGUGGUCACAAGUGUCAUGCAAGUGGUCACUAG